AUGGCGCAGCAAGAGAAGUUUGAUGACGGUAGCGGCAGAGUGUGGAAGCUGAAGAAGGCCCUCUAUGGGCUGAAGCAGGCCCCUAGGCAGUGGUACCUGAAGCUGCGCGAAGUGUUGGAGGAGAUCGGCUUCACUCCCUCAACGGCCGAUCACUCCUUGUUCAUGCUUGGCGAGGGGGAGCAGAGGAGCUUCAUGGUGGUCUACAUGGAUGACAUUCUCAUCUUCUCACCCUCCUCUGACCUUGUGAAGGAGGUGAUGCUGAAGCUUCAAGACAAGUUCAAGUGCAAGUUUCUUGGGGACGUGAACUUUUACCUCGGGCUUCACAUCGAGCGUGAUGUGGAGAAGCGGUGCAUGCGGGUGCACCAACGGAAGUACCUGGAGGCCUUGGCUACCAACUUUGGCCAUAGUGAAGGCCAUGUGGCUACUCCCUUUCCUUCUGGGUUCAAGUGUGUGAAGGGACCAGAGGAGGAGAGUGUUGGAGAAGAGGAGAGGCGCCGUUUUCACUCGUUGGUGGGCAGCCUCACGUACACAGCGGUAAACACCCGACUGGACGUCGCGUUUGCUGCCGGGCAGUUGGCAAGGGUUGUCCAAUGCCCUAAUGAGGAGCAGGUAGUAGCUGGAAUGAGAGUAGCCAAUUAUUUUGGCCAAACACCGACCGUUGGGCUGCAAUACUCGGCAGCGGCGCAAAGGCGCCAAAAGGGCGCGGAUUUUGUUGAACCCGGGCGUUUGAUCCUCACUGCAUUCUCUGAUGCCUCCUAUGCAUGA